AUGCCGCCCCCGUCGCCCGCCCGAGACGAGCGGAAAGAGCAGCUCUUGGCCUGGCAGCAGCAGCGCCAAGCCGCGCGAGCGAGUCCCGCCAGGGCCGAGCAGUGCAGACGCAGCAGCUCGCAGGCGUCACUCGCGUCGCCGGAGCGCAAGACGCCCACAGCCAAGAGCACGACCGCCACGUACACGGAGCAAUUCCUGCGGCGCAGACGCAGUGAGCAGCUGAUGGCAGACGCCGUGACCAACGGACUCCAGAGUCCAAAGGCCAACGGCAGCCGACGGACGGACCGCAGACGCAGCAGCAGCGCGGACGCUGCAAUGGAGCGACUCAAUGGGCCGAAGCCGCAGCAAGAGGAGCUGGAGCCGCGCGAGAACGGACAUCAGGCCACCGCCGUUGAGGAGGAGGAUCCGGCAGUUGAGAAGCCGUCACAGAAAACAAUUGACCUGGUUGAGGACGCUGCGGAAUCUGGGAGGGGGAUCGCAGCGGUGAAUGGUGGUAGUUUCGGAAAUACUGCGCAAGACGAGAAAGCAGCUGUGAAGGUGACAUCGAUGGCGAAGAAGCGAAAGGCUCCGUGCAGUAGAUCCGCGGUCGCGCUGGCUGUGGUUGCUGGAGUGGUGACAGUCUCGGUGGCGGGAGGAAUCGCGGUUUGUCGGAUGUACCCGUCGUCGCCUGCAGCGAUUACGAUUGAAUUGGCGGCGGAAAGAGCGAAGAAGGUGCUCUAUCCCCUGCUCGUUGCGCUCCAGAACGAAAUGGGUCCGUACGCGAAGGGAUUGAGUGAAGGAGUACGAGCCGAGUGGCUGGCGCUGCUGGAUAGUGCGAGGUUGGAGAAGGCGGCACGUGCUGCUCAGAUACUCGUGAGCGAGAACCUGGGGAGCGUGCGAGGCUCCCAAGCUUUGAGGCUAACGGCCUCGCUUUUGACCACGCUGCUUCAGUAUGCACGUGUUCAGCUACAGCGAGCUGCAUUGCGCUUGGCGGAUGCCCUGGAAAUGCUGACGAGAUGGGUGCAAACACACUUGAAGUCUGCGUUUGAGUUGAUGAACUCGGACUCGGGCGCGAGAGACGAGCAAGUCGAGCGUGUUCGAACAGCACUGAAACAAGGUGCAGAGGUGGCGAGGUCAAGUUUGAGCGACGUUUUUGAGUGGAUAGGAUUGGGCCCGAGUGUGAGUGAUGUGAGUCUGCCUAGCGAGGAAUUGUCUGAAACUCUGCAGAUGCACCAGAUCGCAAUUCAGAACAUCGCAAGUGGGCUAAAAGUGCACGAGUCUCGGGCAUUACAGGACGUACAGCGCCUCGAGAAACGACGCGUUGCUAUCAUAUCUGCCGCCAACUCGAUCAUUGCAGACACCCGAGCAAUAGCACUGGAAAGUGUUCUCGACGUGAAGAUGGCUGCUGUCGAGUUUAUUGACAAUCGAGUAAGGGAACUAGCAGAACAAUGCGCCAAGUCGAUUGAGCAAGAGAUUGAGGACUACGAGCACGCGUCACGUGAAGCUGACGAAUGGAACGGUGUUGAUGCGCUGGCCGAGAUCGCAGCGGAUAUUCAGGCGCAGGUGGAAGCGGCGCUUAGGUUGAAACGGGAAUUAUUGGAGCGCGCGUUGGCUACGGACGAAGAGCCGACGGAUGCAGCGAAAGCUCCCGUGGAUGAUCAGUUACCGAGUGAAGAUGAUAGUGAGGAGCAGUACUUCAAAGAUGCCGAACUCGUGGGAAAAGAGCUUCCUGCUGAGAUUCCAGCAUCCACGGUGUUUGAAGACGGCAGCUCGGAUGCUGACACAGCCGAUAGUGAACAAGUCGCCGAAGAAGAGACGCCGGUGGUCCCUCAACCGAUUGAGAAGGAUCAAGUGACGGACGAGGAUAAAGAAACAGCCGAGUACGUGCCCACUGUGGAUGUUUUGGAUAGCGUUUCCACCAGCGAGGAGCAGGUGCAGAUUUCCGCUGAGCUAGUCGAACCAGACCUGCUGUCGGUACAACGCACUGAAACCCAAGUGGUGGAAGGCGCCAGCAUAUCCGAGAGGGUGACGGAUGGUGAUCACGACGUCCAGGUUGUUGCUGAGCUUAUUGAGGACAACGUUGCAGCAGUUGAAGUCGAGUUGACGGAGCAAGGGGAGAUAACCCAUGGAAAAUUGAAGCAUGCUGCUAUCGCUGAAGUGGUGGUGGAGGUGGAGGACAUUGUUCUGGACGUGAAGCAGACGCAAGUGAACACGAUCGACUUUGUUGAGGCAGAAAACGUAUCUGAAGCGGUCUCUUCCCAGCAAGACGAGCUGCAGAUCGAAGCGCACGUGACUGUCCCGAUUGACGGUGCUAUGGCGGAGCUUGUGGUCGAGUUAGAGAGUGCCGCGGGUGAAAGCACCGAGCGAUUGGAGGUGAAUCGGCUUCAGCCUGACAUCAGGACGCGAAUUGGUGUCCUGCCAAGAGCCAAUGUACCCGAGGAAAAGCACACCGAGGACACAUACUCGAGUGACUUGAAGCAAGUUGGCACGGAGGUUGAAAAAGAAUUGAUGGCAGACAACAAUGGUGUGGAUGUAACUAUUGAGCUAGAGGUCUCUGAAGUCGCGCAAGAGCUAAAGACGGCUGCUGAAGAAGCGGACUUAGUUGCCGCGCAGGUAGAACGCACUAUCGCAGAAUCUGCAAGUGAGCUUACAAAUGGCAUUGAGACACAGCUGGAGGAUACGAACGCGCAGCGGCAAGAAGUGGAGGCCAUCGAAGCAGUUGCUGCUACGGUGGGCAAAGUAGAAAGCUUGGCAACGGAGCGCGUUGUCGUGGCGAAGGAAAUUGAAGAGCUGGAGCAGCUGGAGCAAGUUAUACUGCAGGAGGAAGGCGAGCGCGUUCGCGUCGAAGAGGAGUUGCGUGCUAUUGCAGAGGAGGAAGAGGUGUGGCUGCAAAGUGAGCAGUCUGCUGCUGAAGGUUUGGCCUCCACUGAUGAUUUAGCGCGUGAAGACUCAAGUACUGCGGCAGUUGAUGUCACGAAGACUGCCGAUGUGGACGCUGACAAGCAAAGUAGCGUCGAAAUCCCAGCGGUCGAGCUGCCCGGGCCUACGUUGGCACAGAUCAGUUUACUGUCAGUAGCGUUCUUGGCGCUCGCAGUAUUGGCAGCAUAUUUAUUAGCUCGUCGCCGCAAGCGUGGUCUGUUUGCUCGUGCGUCACGCCGGCGUAGACGGUGGCAACGACUCGCUGACUCUGACGCUGAAGAAGUGGUCUUGUUGCCCGACGACAGCUCAGACGAUGAAGAAGAGGCAGAUAUUACCAUUAUGAAGUCAAGCGUGGAAGUGGUCGAGCUCACGUCUAGCGUCAAUGAGGGCCAUCAAGAGGUGGAAGAAGAGAAGAAGGAGGCCCCCGAGGACGGCGGAGUCGCUGCGUCGGAUUCGACGUCGAAGACUGUUGUCGUGAAGCGCUUUCAGGCGGCGACGAUCCACGCGAAGGACCAUUCUGCCACGUCGCUGACGGAAACAUCGGUCGCGGUUGCAGCGUCCGCGUCGAGUGAUGAUGGCGACACUGCCAUUCCGUUUGCAGACUCGCCCCCAGACGGUGAUGGCAACCGAUCCACAGCGUCUGUCAGCACGCCGCCACCGAGUAGCAAAGCUUCAGCAUCGGUCAGCACGCCGCCGGGUGGCUCCCCAGAGGGGACACCCGAUACAUCUGAGCGCGCUCGACGUCGACUACGACGCGAACGCCGCUCGUAG